AACUUUCAUUUCUGACUUUUUCCUCACAGUGUGAUCACUACUCACAAGUUUGCCUGGUUUUUAUGAUAUCAUGGACAGCUCUGAUAUCCCCACUCUAAGAGAUGGUGAGAGUUACCACGUCUUCAUCACGAACGUGACUUCACUCCAGGACGCACCGUGUUGGAGAACAUGUCCGACUGCAUCCAGGAGAGCCAGAAGGUCCUGCUGGUCCUCAGUCCAGAGUUUGUGAGGAGCCGCUGGUGUCUCCUGGAGGCCAACAUGUCUCUGUUCAGGGACUGUCUGGAGAGGAAGCCCAUUGUCCCGGUGCUGCUGGAGCCUGGAGUCUCUAUUCCUUCCCACCUCUGCCACCUCACCUACCUGGAGGCCAACGACCCGGACUUCAAGAACAAGCUGCUCAAGGUGCUCUGCACUCCCAACCAGCAGCUCCAAAGCUCCACUGUGGUCCCCUUCCAGCCUCCCUCCAUCUACAAUGGGAAGGUCCUGCAGCCUUUGACUGCUGUUAAUGAUGAGGAACUCUACAAAUGGGACUCUGGUCAGUUCAGUGAAUUGGAGGUGCCGGACCAACUACGUCUGAUCAUUGAGGACCACGACAAGUACAGAGAGGCUGUGAGGAUCAUCAACAGAGUCUCUGAAGACAAAGUUUGGCUCCGCCCACUCUGGAUUAGAGUCGUCAUUUACAUCGUUGGUGUAGCAUUUUUCAUACUCUUUGUUGCUUUUUGUCUGAUUUUGCAAUCUGCAACUGUCGAUGAAUUCAGUCUUCAACCAAAACGAAUAUUUGACAUUUGGUGGACAACAACAAUUAGUCUCUACUUUAUUCCAAUUGGGUUUAUUAUUCAUCUUGGACUCUGGAAGAUGGAUGAUGACCGAUAUAUUUUAAGGGAGAUGAGUAAAGCUGUAGGAAAAGCAAACCUGUUGCUCCAUGAGGACAAGGUGUUGAUGGGAUGUAGGUCCAACUCAAAAAUCUAUCUGGUGUAUGUUUCUCUGGACGGUUGCAAACAGGAGUUUGCAGAAACAUUUCCUGAUCAGGCAGAAGAGAUGUUUCAGAGAGCUCUGAUGUUCUUCUCAUCAGGUUUCACCUGCAGCCUCGCUACUAGACACUCCCCCUUUCCUCAGCCCAGCUCCUCUGGUCACCUGGAGGGAGGGCUGUGUUUCUGUCAGUAUGUCUCCCAGCAGCUGACGAAGGACAAAUGGGAAUAGCACUUCUGUGCAGACCAGCAAAAUAUGAGUCAGGGGUAGCGGCGGUCCAAGAGUAACAAUUCAAUU